GACGGUAUCCUUCUUGUAUGGAUUUUACCCAUAGCCUACCUUAGUUACCAUGGUAAUUACCAAGUUCUAGUUACUUGAAUAUGGCAUGGCUUCCCUAUAUGAGGUAAGGACUGUUCGGGUUUUAAGUACGGACCGUGGGAAAUGUCGGGAUUAAGCUAUGGCCAAAUAGGAGCAUAAAAUGCCCCAUUAUCAUAAGCUGUAGUUUACACAACAUACAUGCUAGGAAGGAUUGCUUGCUGACAAGGUAAAUUAGUUUCCAUCUUUACUUUGAAAUAUUCUUACCCCAUUGUUUUUACUUCAUACUAUGUAGUGUGUUCAACACUUUCCUUUCAGACUGAGCUUUCAUAUUGAUGUUUAAAAUAUCUCGUCAUCUGGUUAGAUUUUCAUUUAUACAUAUUUUAGAAUUGUACUGUCCACUGUAUGAACAGAGCAACAGACAUGUGUCUAGUCAUCCAGACAGCUUUCCUACCGGGAGAACUACAACAGAUCCCUCAUCAUGAACAAAACGUUGGUUUCAGUGAAAACUCCAAAGUUUAUUGGUUGAGCUUGUUCUGUUCUUUCUAUAACUUCAUCAGGAAUUCACCCUCAAGAGAAAAGUCAACAUCUGUUUAGAGCAUGCAACAAAGUACAAUAGAGACUAUAUAAAAUGUUUUAUAAUUUACAAUACGUCAAGCAUUUUCUAGCCAUGGGAAUGCGGGCAAUCCUAUAACUCUCCAUCGUUUACUGAUUCUAUUGUUCUUUAUCCAACAUUUUGUUCAAGCUGUCGCUACUCUUCUCUCUUUGACGGCAGAACUGAUAAAAGUGAUGGGCCCUACGUUAAAGAGAACACUCGACGUGUAGCGCAGGAGCAAACACCGUCAAGUUUUCAAAAUGUUUAAACAUCUGAUGGGAAUGCAAUGGAAGAUAAUUACCAUUUUCAUGCUGUUUCAUCCGUCAUUGUCAUUCUCGCCAAUUCACAAUGGGUUGAAUGGCGCCUACUUUCGGGUGUCUGCCCACCAUUUUCCUCCCUAUCAGAUUUUGACCCAGGGAGCCAAUGGGACCUUCAGUUAUGUCGGAAGCACGCCUAACAUAAUCUACUGGAUGGCAGAGAAAUUUAAUUUUACGUACACUUUUUUCCCUGUAGACAGUGCUGAAAGUGCAAAAUUAGGUUCAGUCCAAGCUGGCCUCAACCAGCUCAUUAAGAAGGAAGUCGACAUUUCAACCCUCUGCAUUGUCCCAACGUUGGAAAGGGCACAAUACAUGGAAUUCUCGUAUCCCGUAGCUAUUGAAUCUUACAAGUUUAUGGUUCCUAAACCCGGUGAGGAAAGCCGUCUUUUUGGCCCUGUGAGACCUUUUCAAUAUCCAGUAUGGGGAUGUCUGUUUAUAAGCCUCAUUUCCGUUCUCGUGGCGUUCACCAUUUCUGCAUGGUGCUAUUCACGUUGGAAUCCUAUGCCAACCGAUUACGCUCACGGCGCUUGGGAUAAACUAAGUAUCAAAAUUGGUAACUAUGCCAUGUACAUCGCGUCUACAUGUACAAAUCAAGGUCAAGGCAUGAACGCCCCUCAGAAUUCAUUUCGCAUUCUAGCUGGAGUGUGGUUAUUGGCCGCUACGGUGCUAGUAAAUUGCUACUCCGGCACUCUUAUGUCUUCGUUGACUCUGACUAAAUUUAAGGCUACAAUAAAUUCUUUGGAAGAUUUAGCUGCCAGUCAAGAGCUGACGAUGACGGCCAGUGCCAACUCUGUCAUGGCUGAAACUAUGCUAAACGCUAAUUCUACUACGUUAAAGGCCAUAGGAAAUGCAAUGCGCCGAAAUCCAGAUAGUAUUUACCUGACUCCCGAAAAGGGCUUGCACAAUAUAUUUUCGUUGAAAUAUGCUUUCGCGACGGUGGAAUCAUACAUGUCUUACUUGAUCAACAUUGAUUUGAAGAGAACAGGUGAAUGUCGAUUCCAUGUCACCGAACGUAUCCCAAUCACAGAGCCCUAUACUUUUGGCUUGGAGAAAGGCAAUAAAUUCAAUCAGCUGUUCAGCGAGAAGCUGCAGUACCUAUGGGAAACAGGUCUAAUGAACUACUGGUUGAAAAACAACCUUCAGUUAUCGGUCGACAAGUGCCUGGUCAAAAACAAAGAUUCUGCACGUCAGAAAGCCAUAAAGCUCGUUGAUUUGACAAGUGCUUUCUUCAUUCUGGGUACUGGAAUUGGUUUCGCGUUGUCCAGUUUCAUGAUAGAAGUCAUUUACUUUCAUCUUCAACGACGACAGCCUCUGAAGCUUCUGAAAUCUAGCAGAGGAAAAUUGCCUAAGUAAAACUUACCGUUUGUAAUAUCAAAGACGAAAUACCUGUCCUAGUAUGCGUCAUUAGUUUGGGUCACCCACGGCCCAAUGUAGAACACACAUCAAUGUUUGUUUUCCUACUGCAUCGUUUCUUUGUUAUUACAUGCAAGUCCUGUGAUACACAAAUUGUGGUGUCAAACAAUGUGAAUUAGCGUUAAAAUGAACUAGUACUUUUUAA